AUGAACACCACACGCUCUGCAUUCUCCUUGCAGCCCCUGCUGCUGAACACCACCGAGGACUUCAACGACUCCAUCCCCACCAACCGCAGCGGCGACGGGUUCUGCGAGCAGGUCUUCAUCAAAGCCGAGGUCUUCCUGACUCUGGGCAUCAUCAGCCUGCUGGAGAACAUCCUUGUCAUCCUGGCCGUGCUGAAGAACGGCAACCUGCACUCUCCCAUGUAUUUCUUCCUCUGCAGCCUGGCCGUGGCAGAUAUGUUGGUGAGCAUGUCCAACGCCCUGGAGACCGUCAUGAUCGCCAUCCUCAGCAACGGCUACCUGAUCAUCGACGACCACUUCAUCCAGCACAUGGACAAUGUCUUUGACUCCAUGAUUUGUAUUUCUCUGGUAGCCUCCAUUUGCAACCUCUUGGUCAUAGCCAUCGACAGGUACAUCACUAUUUUCUAUGCCCUCCGUUACCACAGCAUCAUGACGGUGAAGAAAGCCCUGACCCUCAUUGUGCUCAUUUGGGUGGCGUGCAUCAUCUGUGGCAUCAUUUUCAUUGCCUACUCGGAGAGCAAAACUGUCAUUGUGUGUCUCAUCACCAUGUUCUUCACCAUGCUGCUGCUGAUGGCCUCUCUGUACGUGCACAUGUUCCUGUUUGCCCGCCUGCACGUCAAGCGCAUCGCGGCGCUGCCCGUCGAGGGCGUGCCCCCCCAGCGCACCUGCAUGAAGGGCGCCGUCACCAUCACCAUCCUCCUGGGCGUCUUCAUCGUCUGCUGGGCGCCUUUCUUCCUCCACCUCAUCCUCAUCAUCUCCUGCCCCAUGAACCCCCACUGCAUCUGCUACACGGCGCACUUCAACACCUACCUGGUGCUGAUCAUGUGCAACUCGGUCAUUGACCCGCUCAUUUACGCCUUCAGGAGCCUGGAGAUGAGGAAGACUUUCAAAGAAAUCGUGUGUUGCUGCUAUGGCAUGAGUGUGGGACAGUGCAUGCUGUAA